AAAAUAUACCGAUAAAAGGACCCAUUACAAGUCAGACUACUGACUUAAAGCAUCUCUUCAGGACUGAAAACUUCGGAGUUGUUGAUUUCGUGAUGCUGAAAAUGCGUCCACACAGGUCAAUAAGUGCAUUGGGAACAGCAUUGCUGGUUCUAUUGGCAGCCUGUAAACAGUGUCUCUCAGCUAACAGUAACACUGGGGCUCCACCAGAGGUCUCGCAGCACAAUGGGACUUUGUAUGCCGCUUGCAAAAUGAAACCCAGCAGCUCCCUUGCUGAGGGCCUGCCUAAAGUGUUCGGUCAAGUGCUGUUCAAGCAGGAUUACCCUCAAGGCAGGCUUUCAGUCCUCCUCCGGAUCAGUGGUUUCCCUAAAGAUGAGGGGUCAGAGGCCAGAGCAGUGCACAUCCAUCAGUACGGAGACCUGAGCCGGGGCUGUGACUCCACUGGAGGCCACUACAAUCCCCACAAUGUACAUCACCCCGGCCACCCAGGAGACUUUGGCAACUUUGAGCCCCAGCAAGGAAAAAUCAGCGCAGUGUUUGAAUCUGAGGCCACACUGUUUGGGGGUCUGUCUGUGAUCGGUAGAGCAGCGGUGAUCCACGAAAAGAUAGACGACUUAGGACGCGGUGGGGAUGCAGGGAGCCUGCUUCAUGGAAAUGCAGGACGCAGGCUUGGCUGCUGUGUUAUUGGGAUUUCCUCCCCAAAUCUCUGGGAUAUGUACAAUAAGCUGCACAACAGAAGGAGAUUUUAGAAAUAAAAUCCUGUUGCAUUUCAUUCACUUCCUGCUUUAAAUUCUAUUCUGUUAAAAAGAACAAGUUGAUAAAUGUGUUUUCUGACAUCAGUUUUUCAAAACACUUUGUCAAGUCCUGUUGGAUACGGUGUCACAUUUUAUACUCAACAUCACACCACAGUAAUCUUUGAAAAGUGAUUUAUUUAGCAGAAUAAAUUUUUUUCACAUAUAACACAUAUCUAUGGCUCUGUGUAAUGUUUUUUUUUCUGCGGAUUUAACAGUUUUUCUCCACAAAAACAGAGUAGGAUUGCUGUGCUGGUAAUCUAGAUACUUUAGCUUUGUGUUAUAGAGUAAAAGUUCAGUCAAUACUAUCUGAACAAAGGUUUGCUUCACAAUAACCUGACAAAGGUUUGUAUGACAAAUAUUUGCCUCUUGCAGUCAACAAAAAUGGAGUUUAAAAAGUGUUCUCUUAAACUAUGCUUAUAUCUGUUCAUGCAGCAUUGUACUAGAUUUGGUCAUGUUUGUCUUCUAAUGAUUAAAUAAAUGAUGAGCUAUAUAAGACAAGAAAAAAAAUCAUUGUAUGGAAACAUGAGUUUCUGUUUUCCAAACGAAAUAAAGAUUGAUUUGACAUUUUCUCUGUAGAAGGAUUUCAUUUUGAGUUUUUGAAAGUGGACAGAUUUUGAAAAUGAAGGUGAAACUGACUGACAAGCACUGAAACCUUUCUUGGUUUCAAAAUCCACUUGCGAAAUUGUCAAAUGCAGAAAAACCAAAAUUACACCUCUCUGCUGCAGUGUUGGCUACUUAAGAUGCUACAUUCAGAAGCCCUUGUGGUUUACAUUUUGUCACCAUCUCUCUGCUACAUCUCCACACCUCUGAUUUUGAGACUGAGAAGUGCUUUCUGCUGUGGAAUAACUUGCAUACAUUUGAGUCCAGCCUUAUUCCUCAGAGCCUGACACUGUUAAUGUUCUUUUAGCUGAAAAAGU